AACAAAAGUAAGCAAAAGCAUUUUGAUUUUGAUUAUCGAAGAUAUAUCCGCAUAUUUUGGCAGGUGUAACCAGAAUCAUGACUAUAUGUGACUUGGCUCAUCUUAAAUCUAUAAUGAGACCUCUAUGACUAUACUUGACAUCUAUCCUGUACAGCAUAAUAUAGAACAGCUUCAAAGUGUAAUCUAUAACAUGGCGACUAAGACCCCUUCAAAGAGAAAGAAAAAGCGUAAUGAAUCCAAUACAAGUUCCCCAAAUGUAUCCAUGGAUGAAUUAGGAUUUUCACCAGUUUCAGUGAGGGAUGUUGGUCCGGCACGCCAAGGGAACCUUACAGGAAAUCCCAGGAUCAUCAAAGAUGGUGCUGCUAACUGGCACAAUCUCAUUGACAAAUGGAAUAAACUCAACGACCAGGGAUUGGCCAUUGUUAAUGAUAUUGCAAACAGGAGACUGGCAGUUAUAUAUGAGGCAAAAGAGGGAGCUGAUGGAGGUCAGUUGUCUGUUCCACCACCAGAUGGGGCUGAACUUCAAGAGCUUUGUCUCAAAUUGGAGACAGUAGUUAACUCUAUGAAAGGUGUCGUGAAGAAGAUGUCUGGUUUGACACAGCAAUUUAUUGGUGUCUCUGAGUUAGAGGAAUACACAAGUCGGCAGAGUGGCAUACCAGUGGAGCCUCUUUUUCAGACACUCACGUCUGUGCAGUUCAGUGAAAAGAGCACUGAAUUGCUGGGUUACUACUCUAAGGAGAUUGAAUUGAAAGACACUAUAGCUCAAUAUAUUGCUCAUGCUAAACAGAAGGGACUGAUCAUGUUGUACACAUCUUCCUGGCUGCAUCAGCCAUAUAUACCUGAUAGUGCUAGUUUAUUAAUGGAGAGUAUGUUAGUUGACACUGGGCUGAGGUAGCACUACAAAUAACAAUGUAGCACAACAGAGUAAGACAGCACAACAUAGAACAAUGUAGCUGAUGAGAGAACAAGACAGCACAAUAGGGACUAAACUGGAUUUGAGGAAGCACACUAUGGACCAAGAAAGGGGUUAAUCAAAAAGGUGACUUGAAGAAAAAUGGAGCAUAUACAGUCAUAUUUUCAGUUCUUUUUAGCCCAUGUCAAAUUAAAUGUUCUUCAUACAUCAUCAAAUGUGGUCUAAGUGUGUGACUAAUUUCAGAGAUUUGAAAUGGGUCUCUUUAUGCUUGUUUAAAAUUCUAGACCGGAUAAAGAAACAAGCUUACAUAAUUUAUUCAUGAACAAUUAACGUAAUAUAAGUAAUCAUUUUCUCAUGUUCACGUUAUUGACA